AUGCGAGACAGUUGCGCUUGCUAAAAUGCCACACAAAAGUGGCGCGGAGAAUGUGCAUCCGUACACCUGGCACACCGUUGCAGUGUAGCGUGUGUGCGUUGGUGCAAAACAAGAAUGAUAUCAUUCUGUCAAACCAUUCUAAACGACCAACUCACGCAAAAAUUGUGCAAGUGGGUCUGCUUUAUUCGGGAGCGUACAAUAAUAAACGAAGGAAGAAAACCGUCCGGUUUGAGUGCUUUAGCUUUUGUUUUGUGAAGAAAGGACGACCGACGAGGACACACGCUCCCGCUCAAGAUGACCACCACCGCACAAGGAUCGGGCUCACUGGAUAAUCUCCAUUUGGCACCGCUUCGUUCGCUAAGCGACUUCCUGCUGGAAUCGGCCCGCUUCCAACUGCCCAACUUCCAGGAUUGGGAAAAGUGGGGCAAGCGGGUGGUGAACAAUCUGCUGUACUACCAAACCAACUACUUCCUGAUGAGUGCGGCCGUCUUUCUGCUCGUUGGGCUGCUUCACCCGAUGAAGGUUUUGCUUGGGCUGACGAUCAUAGUGGCGCUGGUGUACGUGUUUGUUCGGUUCUUUGCCCAGGACGCGCGCCGGUCGGUCGGAGCCGAUCCAAACCAGCAACCGAACAAGUGGGCCGUACUGGGUGGAACGAUUGUCGGUAGCUAUCUGGUACUGUACCUGUUCGAUUCUGUGCUGAUUGUCGCCUUCGCCAUACUGCUUCCUUUCUCGCUAACCUUCGUGCAUGCAUCGUUGCGGUUGAGGAAUAUCAAGAACAAAAUCACCAAUGCGGUGGAAAUUGUUGGUGUGAAGCAAUCGCCGAUGGGACAAUUCCUGGAGGCGAUGGGCUUGAUGCCAACCGCAUUUUAAGCCACACCUCGGGAGGGUCUGCGUAACUGCAGCGAAAGGAAAGUGUACGGCAGCUUUUCUAUAUGAGUUAUGCGUGGAUUUGUUGGAGUGUGAUUUUGUUUUUUAAAAGAUUUGCCAUCGUCAACACAAUGUUUGCAAAAGUUCAAUCAAGAAGGCGCUGGUUGAUCGAAAAGUGAGAGCAUGAUAUGCAUUUCUGGCAUCACGGAGAUCUACAUCAAAGAAGGAUACCAUUCGUCCCCCUUGUAAAGCAGCUAGUCAAAACGAAAAAAAAAACAGAAUGCACCAAUCGAUAGUGUUUCUCUUUUGCUCUUAAAUAAAUUAAACUACAAAAAGAA